AGUCCUCCAUCACGGCGAUCAACGUCCCCACGAGCCGCGCCGAACCUCGACGCCCGCCAACCGAAGCCACCGGCAUCUCGACGGCACCUCGAAUACACAAUGGCUUCCUCCCGGGGUGUGUCGCCCGGAGGCGCGCUCCUCCGUACCUCGCGCAUGUUUUCGCUGCCUCCAGUGAUCCCCCCUCCGCCCGGCAACAAGCUUCAGAUGAUUAGCGAGAGAGCCUCGGCCACCGAAGCAUACCCGACUCACCAGGUCCUUACCACCUUUGAAUCCUCCCGCUCUCGUGGAGACUGGGGUCUGAAGCGCCCGCUCCCCCUCAAGUCAACUACCGGCACUACGUAUCCCAUGGUCAAGGUCAAGGAGAUGGACUCGCUCGAACAGAUUACCGACUUCACCUCCGGCACCCAACACGGCCUCACGCUCAAGAAGUUCCAAGCCCUGAACAUCCCGAUCAGCACACCAUCCGAAAUCAGCGAUCCCUCCCGACUUUUCCGCCCCGUCCAGCGGUCCGUCUUCGAGGCCGAUACCGAUGUGACUGCCUUCAGCACCGACGAGCAAAUCCAAGAAGCCGAAAAGAGGUGGAAGUUCAGCGGUCCUUGGCUGGCCGGCAUGACCCCCGGCGAGUUCAAGGAUUACCUCGCCAAGACCGUCAGACCCAAGCGCGCCGAGUUCCGCAAAUUCAUUCAGAAGAAGAUUGCGGCUCAGAAGACUGAGGCCGCAAACAGGGAGCUUCAGGAGACGGCUGCUUUGAGGGGUGACGCGGUUGCGGAGACACAAGAGCCGUUCAAGCCGGAGUCUAUCACGGACGACGAGGUGACCGAGUACCUGCGCCGCCUGCGCAACGAUAACCAGGUACUCUACGAUUUGGUCGGCCAGUUCUUGGAUCUCGCACCACUCAAGCCUCCUCAGGCUGCUGAAGCGCGCCAACACUCCUUGAUGGUCAACCUGCGCGCAACCGACAGCCCGUACGGUGGACGCGGUCCUCCCAUCACCCACCCCUCGGCCGGUAUCUCAUACCUCCGUACUGCGGCCUACCUCAACAACCACCCGAUUUACGGUCCGCAGAAGAGCCACCCGCCCGUCCAGGCUAGAGUGCUCAAGCCGCGCAAGGGAGGUCUUGGAAACGAUGCCAAGAUUGGCGUUGCUGGCUUCGUCGCCGAUGGACCACUUGGCACAAGCCACAGCAACCUGAGGGGCAACACCGUUAUGGACAAGUUCGAUCCCAGCAUUGAGGGCGGUGCCAAGCUCUGGGUCAACGUUGACAAGGCGACGGUCGACUCGACUGGCCGCGUACAGCUGACUGUUAGUGAUGCCAAGGCGACGGAUGUUCUCAUCGCCAAAGAAUUGAUUGGCGAAGCCCGUGAACCCAUCUUCGGCUCUGCCCCCAAGCGCCAGGAAAAGAUCUUCAAGAAGAUCCCUAUGACUGCUGCAAGGCUGAGGGGCAGAUACGAGAACUCUGACUCGCCCUCAUCACCUACCAUGUCGGGCUCGUCUGGAUAUGGUUUACGGUAAAUCGGCCGACAAGCAGAAGUGGGGACACGAAUGCUUCGCGGUGAGCAGUCAAUGAGAUACCCAAAAUCUGGCAAGAAGACUGAAGGGACGCGGUUGGGAUCUUCGCAGGCCGUGUAGGUGUAAAUUACUGAUGGGCAUACUUAUCACCGCUCUCAAAUCAGUCAUAAAACAGACAGUCCAUUGUAACAUUCUAAGCUGUAAAUAUAGACCGGUUCAUGAAAA